CUUGUUUACAAUACAAGUCAGAGAAAGGAGUUGCUAAGGGGUUUUCACUAAAACGUAGUCGAAUACAAAUGACCAAAUACCAGUGUCCUUCACAGUGUUCUUAGAAGUAGUCGAAUUAGGUGUAUAAAUUAUAUAGAGCUAUAUAUAUAACUAAGUUGCACAAAAUAUCGUUUUUUGUUUCGACUCUUCUGUGCAUUCCUUGCAACAUAGCCAACAAGCUACUGAGCUAGCAGCGUGCUAGCCUAGCUAGGAAAAGAGCUUUGGUAGAAAGUUAGAGCUAGUUCGAUGACAGCAAACUAGGAAGUCAUUUUUAAACGAAGUGGGAUAAUCCUAUCCUGUCUGGUCGAAGUGGGGUUUGUGCGCGGUCCACUUCAAUGGGGAACUGUCUGUCUUCGCAAGGGGCCGAUGACCUGUCUCUUUUGAACGAAUCGGAGGCCAGUUUACCAGGAGAGCCUCCGCCGCCUUACCAGGAGCGUGCCCAGGUGCCGGUGUACCACCCAACCCCCAGUCAGACCCGCCUGGCCACCCAGCUGACUGAGGAGGAGCAGGUCCGCAUCGCCCAGCGCAUCGGCCUCAUCCAGCACCUCCCCAGGGGCAUGUUUGAUCCCGGAUCGGAACCCUCGGACAAGAAAGUCAAAGAGUGUGUGAUCUGCAUGAUGGACUUUGAGUACGGCGACCCCAUCAGGUUCCUGCCCUGCCUGCACAUCUACCACGUGGACUGCAUCGACGCCUGGCUGAUGCGCUCCUUCACCUGUCCCUCCUGCAUGGAGCCCGUGGACGCCGCCCUGCUGUCCACAUACGAAACCAACUGAGGCCGACCCCCGUCGGAUCCCCCGCGCUGCUGCACAGAGGAGCGAAUCAAGUGCACCUCACCAUCUCACUUUGACCUAGCGGCUUCCCGACUAACCGACCAGCCAGGUUAGGCAGAUGCCAGUAGGGCGUGUGAGGGGAAUGUAAAGCAGAGCAUCUGGAGUUGAUGCACGGCGUAUUUGAGCUUAACGCAGAAAGUAAGUCUGUCUGCCUUGCAGGUUAGAAGACCUGGCCAAACUUGUGAAAAUAGUGAAGGAUAUAGAAAUACUGAGAUGAACGAAUAACACUGCAUUCACUUUGAGGCGACGGGCGUUAGCUACGGUUUUGCUCGUGUAGUUUAGUUUUUGGGGUUGAUUUCCGUUUGAAUUCUCCUGCUGUCCCCUUCUUCCAGACCAUAUGUGCAAUAUUAUGUUGAUUGAGAAAGUGCAAGGAGGACUCUGAUAGGGUAAAUGGUGGCCCCGCCUCCCAGCCUCAACCCAAGCACUGCUGCCACAGCCAAUAGUUGUGGAGACAUUUGCUACCUGGGUCGGUGAUUGGCCUCGGCACACAUAUGGCCUCGAAUGUCUCUUUAAAAGCACAGGGCUCUUUACUAGAAUGCAAUUUUUCGAAUCACAGGGUCGACUCAAAAACAAGAGAAGAAAACAAGCUUACAAAGUGAUGAUAUGUUCCAAUGCCGUCGUAACUCCAUGCCUUCCCUGUCGGCAUCUUUAAUAGCUUUAUUUUGACCUUUGACCUUUGUAAGUGGGUUUACUAUUGCAUGGGGUGUGUAGCCUGUCGUACCUAAGCUGCCUCUUUAACUUUGGUUCAGUUGUUUAGCCUUUGGCCUUCUCCUUAACAAGCUUUGCCUUGACGUCUGUGUUUUGGACUUGUCGAGAUGUUCUUUGGGGUUAUUGUUGUGUUUUCUCCUGUUUACUGUCAGUGACCUUCGAUCCCUGGCAGUUCUCCCACAAGGCUUUCUGGGAUAUCCUUGGGCAAUCUUUACCCCACUCAUCCCCAUCUGAGCAGAGACUGGGGACAUGUCCUGCUGCAUAAGUCACUUGCUGGAUUGCACAAUGUAGAGUAACACUAAGCGGUAAACCUCCAGACAAAAAUAGCUACUCGGCGUGACUUGACCCUCUGCCAGUUUCUGAUUCAUAUUGUUAAUUCAUUGAUUCAUAUCGUUCGUUCAUUGAUUCAUAAAGCCUGAAGUAUCCCCUGGCCUGCAGCUCCUUUGCUCCCUGCGUCCUGGAUGUCUGACACGUGUUGGAGAGAAGAAAAACAGAGAACUCGUUUUGUCAUGUUAUCGAGGUCAGUUGUAAUACGACGGACAAAACCAAAAGCAGUCGUGUUCUCCUUCCCCACGUGUUGACAGAAAAUAUGUGAAUAGUUGUUGUGUUUUUGUGUGACAUGGGAAACAGUGCCCCAGAAUUUUGAGACAUUUACAGAAACAAAUAACCAAGUAUGAUUUUCUUUGUGGUAAACAUAAGCUACUAACGUUCAAAUCAUUAAAUCUUUAUUGUCCACGGAGGGCAAUUUUGGUGCCGCAUGAAUAAAUGAGAGAUUAUAACAGAGUGAGUGGGAGGGCAGGUGCCUAGUAGGGUGAAGGAAUAGGUUUGGUUAACUUGUAAAAGGAUCGGUUUGGUCAACAUGUACAGUGGACAGUCACCACCAGAAAACGUGAAUCAAAAACAAAUAUGGCCGCUGUGAAGUACAAUCAUUUCUUGUGUGAUUGCCGUCUUAGUUCUUGAGAUUGUGAUUGAAAGUGUUACACAGUCAUGUGGUGUUGUUCUAGGCUGUUGGGAAAUCUAGACCUUUUGGCUGCUUUUUUACAGUCACACGAUUUCCAACUUGUUUCUUGCUCGUCUUUUUAUGUGUGUGCAAUGAGGGCCCUGCUUUUAGGAUAACACUGCCAAUCAAAAUAAAAGUGGAUGCCAAAUUUUA